UCCGUCGUUCCGCGUUGCAUUCUUCAGUUCAGUCUGCGCUAAUCGUGUGAUAAGACCUCUCGUAUCCGGAGCCGAGCAGUGCGUUGAAGGCGCGAAAAAUUACGUUCGCGCGCGCGUUUCCUCGCUGGCAGCGUGCGUGUGGAAUUCGACCUUUCGAGGAGGACCCCGAAUACCGCGGUCGGUCGUGCGUUUCCGUUGUUGGUUGGUGGCUGAUCGAUCGGUGGUUUUCUGGUUUUGGCUGACGAUCCCGCACAGUCUGGCAGGCUGUCAGUUUGAGCCAAGUGUUUUUUCUUUUUUUUUUGGAAAGCAAGUGCGAAUAAAAAGAAGAUUUCGUGCAACGAUAUGAAGAUGUGUGAGGUGGGAAAAUUUGUGUAAACAAGUGAUGAUUGUUAUUUUCGGUUUUUAACCACCACUUUUUGACGACCACGAUAUUGUCGCCUCUCGUGGGGGUACGCAAAUCAAACGGUCGGCGAUAGAAUGCCGCUGUGGUGGUUGUUGUUGGUGUGCCCAUUAGCGCUGCUGGUGGCGGUGAUCGAGAUGUGAUUUUCGCCUUUCGGUUGAAAGUGAAGGUGAUUCGGGAAAUUAAACCGGGCUUGGUUCCGAAGAAGAUCAAAAGAAAACACAAAAAAUAACAGUGAAAAGCUUGCGAAAGUGUGACCCCUGCUGUUGUGACUGACAAGGGAGGAUUAGGGCAAAGAAUAGUGUGGUUGCCGAAGAAUGUGAUGGAAUCCGACGGGGUGUGCUCUUGAAGGGCCUGUGUUUUGUGACAAGUUCCGAAACGGUGUCUAGUAGUGUGAAAUAACUGUCUAUUUAUAACCGUGGAGGAUCACGAAAAAGAUAGCGUGUGUAAAAUUCAUGUAGUGAAUUAAGUCGAAGCAAAAAAGAAAAACAACAACAGCAAGAAGCAGAAAUAUAAUUAAAUUAUAAAAAGAUCAGAACGAGAAACAUAUUUUAUCGUAGAGGAAACUACGACAAAACAAAUUUGGGACUGCUGGCAAUACAUGUGGAGAUUAUUGCCUUACAACACGCCCGCCGGCGAGCCAUCAUCGUCGCCAUUGGACGGUGGUCUCCGGUGUCUUGACCAUCCCACCCACAGGGGAGCCCACCAGAUCCGACCGGCAAGCAGCAGCAGCAGCCGAGAGCAGAAUCAAAACAGACUCGCUAAAGUGUUGGAUCAUAAUUAAUUACAAAUGCUUGAUCCGGGAAGAGUGUAGCAGUUUUCUCAACGCUUGCUAUCCGAGGAUUGAAGAAGGCGAUCCUGUUAUGCUACCACACAAUGACAGUGCUGUAGCUGUCAGUUGCAGAGUAAGAGCAGUAGACGACGAAAAAACGAAUCUGACUCGCCACUGGCCAGGGCAGGAUACAAACCGGAAGGCUGAAGUUGCGGAAACAUGAAAAUGUUUUGAAGCGGAAAACUGGCGCGCAAGUUUUCCCGUAGUGUCCACUAGAAGAUUUAAUACUUUCCGAAAGUUACGAAAAGUGAAGAAGAAACUUCCUCGGAGAAAAGUGGAAGCUUGUCGGUGUGUGUGUGUGUGUGCAAUUUUUCAAUGGUGCAGCAAGAAGUAAGUUCGAGUGCGAAGUGUAAGAAUCAGUGGCUGGACUUUUCGCGUGUAAAGCAGCAGAAAAUUAUGCAAAUAAGGUAUUCUGUUGAAGUGUACUUUGCAAUUGAGUUGAAGUGGAACAAAAAGUUGAUGGAAGAAUACAUCUUACAUUAAAUUAAUUAGAAAAGCGGAAAAAGUUGCCAAACGAGACCUGAGAAUAGACAGCUGUUGUCAAUGGGGAAGACAAAGGCGUUGAUAGUUGUAUUACUUUCACCUGGUGCUGAAAUAGUUUUCUUCUUGAAAUGCGUCACGCGAAUAAGUUUUGCUAGUUAAUUACUUAUUUGGACCCACCCACGGUUUAAGGCAGCUCAGGGGAGCUUGGCACAGCUGGCGAAAUUUGUUCCAAAGGAGGAAAGCCUACGAAACCGGUAUAGAUUAAAUUAGAGGAAAAGCUCAACUUGUUGGCGGCGGGCGCCCACCGAUCCAGACUAGCAGCCGAAAAGAAAGUGUACGAGCUAAACGGAACCGAGUAUUUUUCUUCCUCUACCGGUGCGAUUUAAAAUGCAGUUCUUCUUCAAUGACCCAUCGUGUCAGCGUCAGAAAGCCCCUGCAGGAGUAACCAUCCGAAAAACAACAACAACAACAGCAUCUCAAACCAGCAGUUGUCCAUGGUUAAUGAUCCUCCCGAGUGCAACGUGUCCGGAUUUCCCCAGCCAACUUGACUGCACUUGCGUUUGGCGGUAUGUACCUCGGUUGACACUACGACGACAGCAGCACUAGCAGCCAGCGAAAGGAGGCGAACGGCGUAUUCAGAAGAUAGAUGACACGGCACAACUGGAUGCUGAGUGCAUUCCGUUCCGAGAUUUACACUAGUGAUUAUAAAACAUUGUUUGUUCGCUGGACGCGGGAGGGAAAAUGUGAGAAAGAAGAAAGACGUUACCAUUGUUUGGAAGGUGGGAAAUUUGUUAGAGUUUGUUGAGGUUGCAACUAAGUUUCAAGGUUAUGUCAGGCAGCUAAACUAGACUAGGUAGAUACGAAAAUGAACAUGACAAACAUUGAUUAUAACUUUAGCAUAGUCCUCGACGAUCGGCACCUUCUGCAGGGCUCGGCGGAGAACCACACGAACGGUUCCUUCAACGGAACGUAUUACCAUGACCCGUCGACCUGCUACUACGCGCUGGAGUGGUUCACGGAAACAACGCUGUUCGAGUUCUGGAUCAGUGGCGUUGUGAUGAAUUUGGUCGCCUUUCUGGGAAUUCUUGGAAACAUCCUGUCCAUGGUGAUCCUGUCGAGGCCUCAGAUGCGUUCCAGCAUCAAUUACCUGCUGAUAGGUCUAGCCCGCUGUGAUACCGUUGUGAUCCUAACGUCGAUGCUCUUGUUCGGCAUACCGGCCAUCUACCCGUACACGGGUUAUCUGUUCUAUUACUACUAUGUGAUACAUCCGGUCAUCUCACCGGUAGUCUAUCCGUUGGCCAUGACGGCCCAAACCGCCAGCGUUUACCUCACGCUGACAGUGACCCUCGAACGGUACGUCGCCGUAUGCCAUCCGCUGCGGGCGCGUGCUCUCUGUACAUAUGGGCGAGCUCGAAUCUAUGUGAUAGCAAUUGUAGUGUUUUCACUCCUGUACAAUAUGCCCCGCUUCUGGGAAGUUUCUGUAUCAUCCUUCAAUCACCCGGAGUACGAGGGAGCGUUUUGUGUGAGUGCCUCAGCUCUUCGUACCCACGACCUGUACAUAAAAGUGUACGUACACUGGAUGUACACUGUCUUCAUCUACCUACUUCCCUUCAGUUCGAUCUCAUUCUUCAACUCCAUGAUCUAUCAGCAGGUCCGCAAAGCCAACCGCGAACGACAGCGGUUAUCUCGAUCCGAAAAACGAGAAAUCGGCCUGGCCACCAUGCUCAUCUGUGUAGUCAUUGUAUUCCUUCUGUGUAACCUCCCUGCCAUGAUCCUCAACAUAAUGGAAGCCGUCUACUCGGACAUUAACGAUUAUCUAGUCAAAACGUCCAACCUGCUGGUCACCAUCAACUCGUCCGUCAACUUCAUCAUCUACGUCAUUUUCGGCGAAAAGUUCAAACGAAUUUUUCUUAUGUUAUUUUGUAAGUCGCGUCUAGGUCGCGAAUCUCCGGACGGAUUCCUGCACGAGGACAGCUCGUUCUCCAACGGGGAAGGAAGCAAUCGGAACUCGGGCCGGUUCCAGCGUGUCGGAACGACCCGUAGCAGUACGACCAAGAUCAGCAACAGUGCGUUCGGUAGCAUACGAACGACACGGACCACCAUCCGCAGUACGCGAGCUCCGUCACCUGGUCCGAUCGUGUACUAUCCGGCACGGGAUACCCUGCCCCGAGCCUCGCCACAUCCACCGAUUCCGCGGAGUACGUCCAUGUUCCAUCCGUGCUGGGAUCGGGAGCACGGCAACGGGAUCAUGAUGGCCACCUCCGGGUUCUAGCCAAUGCUCAAGGUUUCCUCGGAUGUCGAAGGAGAUCACAAGUUCUAGUUGGAUAGGUAGUUUAAAUUUUGCUAGAAACUAGCUUCUCUAUAGCUUUAAUUAUCGAUACCUGAGAUUCGUUCGUAUGUGUGUAAGUGUGUACGUGCGUGUGUGUGGAUACGGAGGAAUAAUAUCAAUGCGUAGAGCAGUUGUUUAAGAGCACCACCGUCUUCCUCGAAGCUCCGUUUAGGGGUUCUGAAUGGUUCUGAUCGACAUGUAAACAGUUUAGACAAAACUGUCUUAAACACAAGAUCACACAAUCCAAUUUUUAAAGUUAAACUGGUGGUUAAAACGUGAACUAAAUAUAAUGCUUUCAUUUACAGCGCCUUCUUGCAAUCCGUUCUGCAAAAUUAUGAUCAGUGCACAGUGGUUCAAAACAUGCUUUCGAGAAACUUAAUUGGAUGGAGCCAGGGAUGUAGAGAGAAAUUUAGGAUCCGGGGGGUCCAGCAUAUGGACUCCCUCCAUCAUUGAAAAUUUUUUGAACACAGAAACUGUUAAGCUUGAAAUCUAUUACUGUUAAUUCCAAUGAUUUUUUUUCAUUUCAAAGGGUGCUACGAUUAUUUUUUUUUUUUCGUUUAAUUUCCUUCGGUCUCUGUCCGCACUGAGUGUCUAUCACCGACGCCAGAGAGGUGACUUCACAACCAGAACGACGUGACACAGAAUUUUAAUUUCAGAAAAUAUCAACGACCUCGGCUGGGAUUGAACCCAGACCCACUGAGCUGAGCGGCGGUCACACUUACCACUCAACCCCCGCCGUCGUCUAUGAUCUACAUUUGGUCACAGAAAAAUGAUUAUUUUUUUUCAUAUGUUCAAUUAGAAAAGAAAAGACUCAGAAAAAUAUUCAGCUAAGCUUUCGGUUGAGCGUCUUAAAAGACUAAUUACUGCCAUCAAAUUCUGUACAGUCAUCUCGUCCACUUUGUUCGUCACAACCAAUUUACUUUGACAGUUUUUGGUCUUCUUCAGGUUCCGGUUUAGCCUGAGCUUUAGUGUGUUGGGAGGGUGCCACCAAAACUUUGUAGGCGUCAUAUCACUACAUCUCUUUUUUCCGUAAUGGCAGGAUUCAAAAUCCUAAAUUAGCGUGGAAUAAUCGUGUUGAGGGAUUCCAUGAGAAACCGGCCGACCGAAAAUAUGACCAACGUCGAUCCCAACGAAACUUUGCAGUUGUGUUCGGUUUAUGAAUCUCCAUGAUUUUCUCUGGCAAAUGUAAUAUUUUGAUACAAGACCAAUUUUUCAAAAGGGACGUUUCUACGUGUAACGAAUUACAAUGAAUGAAUACUUCUAUACAAAAAAUAUACACUGAAAAAACGUUGUCAUAUUUCAUAAAAACAAAAAAAUGUAUAAAAAAUUUAAAUAAAACCCUCUCUUUUAAAUUUUUCAUAUUUUGUCAACCUAAAUAGAAAAGAAACAUUUUGAAUGUGAAUUUGAUAUCAAAGAGAAAGUUAUAGGAAAUGUUAUUGGCAUUUUGAAAAACCUAUUGCUGUUGAUAGAGAAACGCGAACAACUUGUG